AUUUCAUAUGUUUGAAGUUCAUAUGCCCCCCAUUUUUUCGGUUCCUUUCUAUCUCCUUUUUGUUUUUUUCAUUCCCUUUUUUCUUUUGCACUUUAUCACUGGACGGGGGGUUUUUUUUUGGUAUAGCAGUUCUUCAUGAUAUGGCAGAGAAGAAAAAGUUUGUAUUUGCCGAAAGGAAAAAGGCACUUCAAAUGGCUGCUACUUGUGGAUUGAGCGUCAUUGAAGAAAAGGUGGAAUUGAGAGGAUACCAAAUUUAUGUAGUAGAACAAUGGGUUUGCGACCGUAAAGUGCCGUCAAACGUUGUCAAUGUGUUUACAGGCGAUGAAAGUCAUGUUAUUCAAGUAGCCGUCAUUGCUAUUUCAACUGCUGAAUUACAACAUUCGCGACCACAGAUUCAAACGUUUCUUCAACUGGGUGCCCAUUUAAAAUCGAAACCAACACCACUGGGUGAAAUAUUAUUAACCAAUCCGGGCGAAUUACCUUAUGAUAUGGAUAUGAUAUUAGUCCCCAACGGAGAUUACGAUAGGUGGAUAAAGCAAGCCUAUGUUAAUAUCAACUUGAGGAGAACGAAUUGUACAGGAAGAAGCUCGCUUAACCUACAGCCUCCAAAUCCAGCUUCGGAAGAGAAAUUUAGAUCACUCUACAAGAUAGCCGAUACAGUCCAUUUCCAAGAUGCUGUCAUCAAUUUAGUGUCACUCGUGCAGAUCGCUCUCUAUUUAUUCAAAUUACUCGACAAAGACUACGUUGAUGGAUUGUUAUGUGAUGAAACGACUCACGCACUAUGGGCUUUUUAUGCAAGCUACAUUCCCGCCAAAACAGCUGAUUUUCAUUUGAAAGAACCAUGGAUGGAGCCCCACCUCGUCGCCGCUAUUAUUUCUAAAUUGAUUGUUUGUCGCAAUAAACUUCAGGAUGCUGGAUUUACGACGGUCAAAGACCCCUUCCUCGAUCAUGAUACAUUCCGGUUUGAUAUUGGCGAUUAUCAAAAAUAUAAAAAUAUGCGGAUUACUCGAUUUUUGGAUAAAGACACAGUCGUACGGUUAAACGAGCCGACAAAUCCAAUCCAUUCUCUUGUGGGGCAGAUGAAGGUCAAGAGAGUCAUUAAAUCAAAAUUGGACGAUAUUUCAGGCGUAACGAAUUCACCGUUGUCCAUAGAAACAUCCGAUCCAGAAGUCUUUCGUCAUCACGCUACCAUUGAAAGCUUACGGGCCAUUUGGCGACCCAAGCUGAAGGGGGAUUGUACACUACACUGAGCCAUAAUAAUAACUUGAGUCAUACGAUCAAUAAUAACGACAGCAGUGGAGGAAUGACAAGCCUGAUGUCAGAGAUCAGUCACAGUAACAGUAGUAGUGAUCAACCGUUGCAUCCUACGCCACUA